GUGACGGACAUACAUUCAGAGGAGAGUAACAGCAGAUCCCCUCGUCUCUAACCCUGCUCCAGCCAUGACUGAGAAGCAGCAGUGUCCUGAGGGCCAGGCCUGGGAUAUCCUGCUCAGACGCUGCUACGGCCGCCAGAUAGCACCCAGACGGAAGCCUCUUCCAACUACAGAACAAACCCUGAUAGUCGUGGACCAGGUCAGGACCAAGACCACCGCUGCCAAAGCUGACGCCCUGCUGGUGCUGAGUCCAACUCUCUGGAUCUGCGUGACCUUGAUCACGCUGGGCUCCUUCUUGGCUCUGACUUUUUGGUUUCUGAUUUGUAGACGCCAGACUGGAGCCAGUGCCAACUCGGAGGCUGCAGAGCCGGAACUGGAGCAUCUCCAGAAACCCCAACCACCGCCCAUAUUCAAUCCACCACUGUCAGAGAGAAAUGGUCAGCCAGCAAUGUUUCAGAGAGCAAACGAGGCCUCUUUCCCCUGCCAUCAGUCGCACCCGGGUGUCCAAACAGGCUCUACGAUGGGGAACGGCUUCAGCGUUUGUAGGGGCCCCAUAGGUCAUGGCAGCAAAGACGGGGGUGAAGCUCUGCAUGCAUGCAGCACCACGGCGGACCACAAAGUCCCACUUCCUGCCACAGAGUUGGGUGGCACUGCAUUAGUUACAACUAAAACUGUAUAGGAAUAUGUGCGUGCAUGCAUGUGUGUGUGUGUGUGUGUGUGUGUGUGGUUCUUCCUUUUGUGAGGAGCUUUGUUGUUGGCACCAGCAGUUCUUAUUAGGGAGUGAAUCAUUGCUCUAAUGAAGCAGAACAUCAUAUUUUGAGUCAGGGCCUGGACGUGUUUCCAAACAAAUGUCUAAUUUGCGGUUGCAGUUCUGGUUUGCACCCCGGAGAUCUCUUUAUGGACUCCACAGGUCCCUCCACACCUGCGAUGGAUUCCUCUUGGUCAAAGCGAGAGGUUUCUUGUGUCGUUUCAGGUAAUUCUGUUUACAAACUUGAUUCCUGCCUAGUUGAGUCAGCCUGUCAAAGGACAGGCUGACUCAACUAAUGAGUUCACAAGCUCAUAAUUAGUCAUUUUUUGCACUAUCACACCCACAUGUACAGCCACCUUGACUUAACUUAGAGUUGCUGCAUGCUAUGGAUAAAAAACCCUGGCAGCAGCAGUGAAUUCUCCUGUGCUGCUGUCAUAUUUCCACGCUUUUCUAGUGAAAUACCUAAGCCAUAACUCUGGGCCAAGAUGUUCUUCUACGUGGGUAGGAGGGUUGGUAAUGUCGUGAGUCACAUUGAUUCCAGAGAACAGACAUCAACUUAAGGAGCAGAAUUUCCUGAGAGGGUUCACAUGCCCUCCAGCAGUGACAAGGAAGAACCUCUUCAGAGACCCUGGACAUGCAAAACAAGCUGUGUUUUCUUCUCGGGUUGCUUAAUUCUGCACCUGCAAGUACUGAAUUUGUCUGCUAACGCGAUGCUGCUUGCUCAUGGACAUGUUUCAUUGCACUCCACAUAUGGCACGAGUGUGGCUCCUUGUGUUACAACAUCCUACUAAAGAUAGCUAUACAUAUAUAUGUGUGUAUGUGUGUGCGUGCAUGGGUGUGUGUGACAAAUCCUAUGUCUCUAUUUGGUACAAAUAGUAUUCUAGAAGUAAAUCAUUACAUAUUAGACUUGUUUGGGGGUUUGUUUGGGAAGGUUUUGUUUAGGAGAUGUUCUCUGGACUUAACUAGUCGCUGUAUUCUGUUCCUCGUUGCACGCUCUGAACUCAGUAUUCACUCAUUUUGGUGAAAUUUCUUAUCUACUAUGGUUUUUAUGUUUUUUAUACCCAUAAUAUCUAUUUUAUCUGCAAUCCUUAAAACUAUGUAAGUUACUCUAUGAUGAUGGCAUUGACGGUUGUAUAUACUGUG